AUGACAACCCCACCCCUCCCCGACACCCAAAAAUCCCUAAUCUUCAACGUGCAAACCUCCGCCCUCUCCCUCACAACCUCAUCUCCCAUUCCCAGAGCGGAGGAAGCGGGUGAACAUCUCAUCCGCGUCCAUUCCACCGCCAUAACAAACGGCGAACUAACCUGGGCGCCUUUCGUAAACUGGCCUAUUGAACAUGUCCCUUGCUACGACGUCUCCGGGACAAUUAUGACAGAGGUUGAAGGCAGCAAGUUUAAGAAGGGGGAUAAAGUAUAUGGGAGAGUGGUGGCGGAUAGAGAGGGCACAGCACGGCAAUAUGCGACGAUCUUGCCAUCUGAGGCUGCGAGGAUCCCCGAGACCUUGGGGAUGGUGGAUGCGGCGACUGUGCCUAUGAGCGCGCUUACAGCGUGGCAGGCGGUGUUUGAAAAGGGGGGUUUGAGCGCUGUGCCGUAUGUGUCUGAUGAUGAGGGGGUUGUGGGGGGGCAGGCGGUUGGGAAGAGGGUUUUAGUGCUCGGGGCCGCGGGCGCGGUUGGGAGUUUUGCGGUGCAAUUUGCGAAGAUUGCUGGCGCGUUUGUGGUGGGGACGGCGAGUGUGAAGAACAGGACUUUUUUGGAGGAGAGAGGAGUGGAGGUUGUGGAUUAUACGAAGACAAGUAUGAAGGACUGGGUAGGCGGGCAAGAGGAGAGGAAGUUCGAUGUAGUGUUUGAUUGUGUUGGGGGGAAGAGUAUGCUUGAUGGAUGGAAUGCAGUGAAGAGUGGUGGCGUUUAUGUGAGUGUUGUGGCUGGGUUUAAAGAGCCAGAGGGAGGGAAGCCUGCAGGCGUCAAGACGGAGUGGUUUAUUAUGGAAUCGAGAGGGGAGGAGUUGAAGGCGAUUGGGAUGUUUAUUGAGAAGGGGCUGGUGAAGACUUCGGUGGAUAGUGUGUGGACCAUUGAGGACUAUGAGAAGGCAUUCGCAAGAACAGCAACAGGACACGCGCGGGGGAAGGUGGUCAUGAAGAUUGCAGAUGAGGAGUAG